AUGUGUCAAGUAGCAUAUGUAGGUUCAAGUGGAAGUACCACUGUGGAUUCUGGUGUUGCAAAUAUUAAUGUUCAAGGUAAUCCAGAACAACCUGACAGAAGACCAGUAUAUAUACCAUCAGCUGGGAUAAAAGAAGGCAACAAUGUUGUCUUCACAUGUACGGGUAAUGUUGGCAAACCGCAAGGCAAGUUCAGAUGGGUGAGAUACAGACGUAACUCUGAUGGUGUUACGAUACAGGAAACACCAUACGAACAAGAAACAACUACAGCAGCAGUAAUGUCAGGAACCUGUACAUAUAAUGGUACCAGUUCGCUGACACUGAAAAUGGAACAAAUAGAUAAUAAUGCUGUAGUCAGAUGUCAGGUUGUUUAUCAAAAUGUACCACAGGGGAUUUUAUACAAACAGACAGAGGGCGUUAAUGUUUAUUAUAGUGUUAGGAAUGUACAAGUAACAAAAUCUCCCAGCAAUCCAACAUUUGCUGAAGGAGCAGGGCCCAUAACUCUGACAUGUACAUCAGAUGGAAAUCCUACUGUAACAGAUUAUACUUGGCACAAAGAAUCCAACACCAGUGUGUCGCUAUGGACUAGUUCUUACUAUGUCAUCAAUAAUGUUGUCGUUAAUGAAACAGAUAACUACAUAUGUGUGGCACAGAACAGUUUUAAUGGACAAACAUUCAACAUGAAUAACUCUAUACACAUACAAAUAGACUCUACCACUACACCUUCCACGAUAAUGCCAACGACAACUAUGGCGACUUCUUCUACUAACCAUAAAACAUCCAGCAUUGAGAAAGAAAAAGAAAGUUUAACAGUAGUAAAUUCAAUAGUGAUUGCUGUGGUGAUAGUUCUUGCUGUUUUGCAACUUGCAGAAAUUACUUGUUUAUAUAUAUUACAUAAAAAAGGGAUUGUAAAAUUCAAGAAAGUAAAAAACCAAACGGUUCAUGCUGAAGUCAAAAGUGAUAAUACACAGGUUCACGUUUACAGUACAAUGAAUAGAGCUGAAGCAUAGCGGAAACAGUAACUACUAUAAUGAAAUCCACUGACGUUUUUACAUACCGUCGAUAUAGAUGAAUAUCUGUAUACCGGAAGUUGCUUUUUGAUGUCUGUUGUUUUAAUAAGGAGUUAAACUACAGUAACUGUUUU